ACCAAGGUGAUGCUUCUCAAGGGCUGGCGUUGCGUAGAGUGCAUCGUGUGUGAAGUCUGCGGCAAAGCGUCUGACCCAUCCCGUCUGCUGCUGUGCGAUGACUGUGACAUCAGCUACCACACGUACUGCCUGGACCCACCCCUGAACACGGUGCCCAAGGGCGGCUGGAAGUGUAAAUGGUGUGUGUGCUGUGUGCAGUGUGGGGCAGUCUCACCUGGCUUCCACUGUGAAUGGCAGAACAAUUAUACCCACUGCGCGCCCUGCGCCAGUCUUGUCGCUUGCCCCAUUUGCCAUGUGAAGUAUGUGGAGGAUGACUUGUUAAUCCAGUGCCAGCAUUGUGAGCGGUGGAUGCAUGCGGUGUGUGACAACCUUUUCACCGAAGAAGAAGUGGAGCAGGCGGCGGAUGAUGGGUUUGACUGUACCUCGUGUCAGCCCUAUAUAAUCAGGCCUGUGGUGCCAGUUCCCCCUCCAGAAAUUAUCCCUCUGAAGAUCAAGGAGCCAGGUAAAAGUCUUGGAGAAGAUUACCUUUUUUAUUGCAUGGGUAUGAAAACUGUCAAUGAUUGAUGGAAAUAAUAAACCGCUCCUUGGCCCUCUGCUAUCACACGCAUGCCCGACAAGCCAGGUCCUAGGGGCAAGUGACGUUCCUGAAGUGCCACAGAGUGGGCUGGGUUUAAGUAGCC